GUUUGACGCCUGCUUUAUUGGAGUGAAUACGGUAACUCCGGCGAUUCGUCAUGCUUAUGAGACCCACAUGCGAAAUACAUUCAGUUGUUUGCCAGCAUCUUCUGGAGAUACAUCAAAACUUCCUCCUCCGCUCAGAGAGCCAUGAAGCUCUUACUUUUGAUUUCCAUUCUUUUGGCAUUGUUCGUCUGCUUCCAGGCAGCGGAAGCUAGGGAUAAUCGGGAUCGGAGAGAUAGAAGAGAAAUUGGUGAUUACCCCGACGUAGAAGAGGAGGGAGAUGAGGAUGACGAGGAAGAAGCAGACGAUGAAACAGAUGAUCAGGGAAAUGACGACCACACACGAAAUAAUCCAUGCGAAAAGAAGACGUGUAAACGAGGUGAGGAGUGCUAUCUAGACAAAGCCAAUAAAGCCAGAUGUCGCUGUUUUCAACAAUGUACCCCUGAGCCUGACCCUAGGUACAUGGUGUGCAGCAACAAGAACCUGACCUUUGACAGUGAGUGUCACAUGGACAGGGAGGUGUGCUGGUGCAGACGUAAACAGCCUCAGUGUGGAAACCCCCAGUUCAAGAAUCUCCGACUGGACUACUACGGAGAGUGCAAAAAAAUAACACCGUGCGAGGAUUUCGAAAUGGAACAAUUCCCGAUACGUAUGUCAAACUGGCUUUUCAAAGUGAUGGAGGAAUUGGGUAGAAGAAAUGAACUCGACGAGGAUUACGUACAAAUGUUGAAAGCUGCGGAGAAAGACGCGGAUCAUGUGGACGCAGUCAUUUGGAAGUUCUGUGACCUUGACGUCCAUCCACAAGAUCGAUUUGUAACGCGCCGUGAGAUGUUGUUCGUCAUCGCCACUGUCAAACCCAUGGAACACUGUUUGGCGCCAUUCCUGGAUCUCUGCGACUCCAACAAAGACAGGAAAAUCAGUCUAUACGAGUGGGGAGCUUGUCUAGGAAUUAAACAAGGUGAGAUACAGGACAAAUGUAAAGCUGUUCACAAGAAAAACAGGAGAAGGCGAUAAGCGGAGCUAUCUUUUUAGAAUGGGAUUUAAUUGCAAUUUGAAAUAUUUAAAGAAGUAUUGCUUAAUUGGAUUAGCUAAGUUUAUGGUGCAGCAGUGUCAACGACCAAAAAGAAGCAUUGUUGACAUACUAGUAUAUUGAAGACUAUAUUCGUGCACUUGGGUUGUUUAGGGUUAUUUCUCUUGUAAAUACAGUGUAUAUUUUAAAAUAUGCCAAACUUUAAUUCAAGUUUUUUGAUAGGGUAUUGCUUUCAGGUGUUUCAGCAAAAAUAUUUUCUUAUUGCAAAGAAAGCGUAAUGUCUUUUUUAUCUUGAACAUUAUACAUGUAUGUAGUGUAUAGCUACCAAGUAUUUAAUAUCAAUAAAACUCAUAACUAUUUGAA